GGCACGCGUGCCGGCUGGCCUGCCCGCAGUGGCUGGGAGCGCGCUGAUUUGUAGCUGUUUGUUCACAUGUGUCCAGGGGGAGAUGAAGUACAUUGGAUCCUGCAUAGUUUGGCUUUGUAUGGCAGUCUUCCUCCUUCCUGUUUCUACUUCCGUGGCUGUCAGUGACCAGACAGGCUCUGUGUGUCCUUUAAUGAAAACAGCUGCCCGUCAUCUCAAACAAAUCAACAGAGACAGUCGUGGUGUAUCAGGAUUUGAUCUGGCAGAAAGCUUUUCUUUAAGGCAAACAUCUUGUGGUGGGGAAAAGAUCUGUUUUAAACUGGGAAGUGCACCUCUCAUUAGAGAUACAAGGCAAGUAUUUCCAAAUGGGCUUCCUGAAGAAUACUCUCUAGUUGCUACGUUCCGUGUACGGAGAAAUACCAAGAAAGAGCGUUGGUAUAUAUGGCAAGUUUUAAAUCAGUAUGACACACCUGAGAUCUCUGUUCUCCUGGAUGGUACAAAAAAGGUGGUGGAAUAUAUGACCAGAUCCUCUCAGGGAAAUAUACUGCACUACACUUUUAAGAGUCGAGAAAUUUAUCCAUUGUUUGAUCGGCAGUGGCAUAAGCUUGGUAUUAGCGUGCAGUCAGGGAUCAUUUCCCUCUAUUUGGAUUGUAAUUUAAUUGAGAGAAAGCAGACUGAUGAAAAAUUCACCAUUGACUUGCAGGGAAGGACACUGAUUGCUUCUCGUGCUGCGGAUGAUAAGCCUGUAGAUAUUGAACUUCACCACAUAGCGGUUUAUUGUAAUUCACAACUUGCAACAGAAGAUACAUGUUGUGAAAUAUCUGCAGACUUGUGCCCACAUGAGGAGAGGUUACUGGCUACGACUUCCUCACCAGCAACUGCUCAUGCCAGCAAAAUAUACAUGCUUCCAGGGAUGCAGCAAGAAUCUACACAGAGAUGCUACUGCUUUCCAAAUAAAGGAGAAGCAGGAUUGCCGGGAGUAGCUGGUUUGCCAGGCCAGAAAGGAGAGAAAGGUGAAAAGGGUGAGAUGGGUGUGAAAGGACCAGACGGCGUUGCAGGUCUGCCUGGCGAAAAGGGUGAACAAGGCUUUCCAGGUAGUAAGGGUGAAGAAGGUGAAAAGGGUGAAAAAGGAGAUAAAGGAGAACCAGGACCAGAAGGCCUUCCUGGAACAGAGGGACUAAAAGGUGACCCUGGUAGUCCUGGUGUGGCUGGUCCAAAAGGAGAAAAGGGAGAUGCAGGACCUCCAGGACCAGCUGCCUUGAGUGGUUUGCUGGAGGGUCCCCAAGGUCCACCUGGCAAAGAAGGUCAAAGGGGGAGACGGGGCAAACCAGGCCUCCCAGGAAAACCGGGGCCACCAGGACCUCCUGGUCCUUCCGGACUAAAAGGAAUACUGGAUUCAUUGAACAAGCAUUAUAAUGAGAGUGAUACAAGACUACUGGGAGUACUUGGGACCCCUGGAUUUAAAGGCCAGAAGGGAGACAUUGGUCAGAAAGGAGAAUUGGGAAUGACUGGUGCAAAAGGAGAAAAGGGAGAGCCUUCUGAAAAAGGGGACAAGGGAGACCCAGGAGAGACUGGAAUGGAGGGAUCGAAAGGAAAUAAGGGUGAAAUGGGAGAUCCUGGACCACCUGGUCUUAUUGGAAAUCCAGGAUCAAAGGCACUUUGCAAGGUGGCGAAAUACCGCAUUUUGGUUUCUUCUGUGGUUAAACUCGGACAAUUGCGUGUUGCCGUUGUUCCAUUUGAGGACUACUUCAGCAGUCACUGUGAAUGUUGUGACACCACAGUGUAG